AUGCCACAAGCUGUGGCGAUCGCCAAAUUACACGACGACAAAUCCAAACUUUCCCCAUCCCCUCUGUCCUUCACCAAAUUCUCUAGACCGCCACCACUAACCACCACUUCCACCACCCCGAAACCACUUCCACCACUACUCCCCACACCUCCCUCUAAACUACCCAUUAAACGGCUCACUGAAGCUGAGAUGCAGGCACGCCGUGAGAAGAACCUUUGCUAUAAUUGUGACGAAAGGUAUACACGUGGGCAUCGUUGUAAGUCCCAGUUCCUCUUGCUCAUCGUUGCUGACCCUGACAAUGUCUCUGAGACAACCGCGGAAUUAGAUUGUGACCCACCGGAUAACCCAACUUUGGAAGCAGGAUUGAUCAGCCUCCACUCUUUCUCGGGUCAUUGGACUCCUAGAACCUUUCGGAUCACGGGCUCUAUUAAUGGUUAUGAAGUACAGAUCAUGGUUGAUAGUGGUGCAACUCACAAUUUCAUCCAGACUAAGGUAGCUCAUUUUCUUAACCUUGCACUUGAGCCCACCUCUAGUCCAUUAAGAGUCAUGGUGGGAAAUGGGGAAUUCUUACCUUGCACUACUUUUUGUCCUAAGGCCCACAUUACAUUAGCCUCUCUCGAAUUCCCUAUUGAUCUAUACCCCUUGGAUCUCUCUGGCACUGAUGUAGUAUUAGGGGUUCAAUGGCUUACUCAAGUUAGCCCAUUCAUUAUGGAUUAUAACGGGCCCUUCAUGAGAUUUAUGUGGGAGGCUAAAAAACUUAAUCACCACCUACUCUGUUUUAUUUUCCCGCCAACCACCCUUCCCCCAUCUCGUUACACCGACCAUUCCAUCAACCUUUUACCCAACACUGCUCCCAUUUCAGUGCGCCCUUACCGAUACCCCCAUUUUCAGAAGCAAGAAAUUGAGGUCCAGGUUCAAAAGAUGCUGGACUCGGGGUUCAUUACGCCAAGCACAAGCCCUUAUUCUUCCCCUGUUCUUCUUGUCAAGAAGAAAGACGGUACAUGGCGAUUUUGCGUCGAUUAUCGCGCACUCAACGCUGUCACCGUUAAAGACAAAUUUCCGAUUCCUACAGUCGAUGAGCUUUUGGAUGAACUUGGUAAUGCUACAUGGUUCUCGAAACUAGAUCUUUUCUCGAGUUUUCACCAAAUCCUGAUGUUGCCUACUGAUUCCUCUAAAACGGCAUUCCGCACCCAUAGCGGCCACUUCGAGUUCAAAGUCAUGCCUUUCGGAUUGUGCAAUGCACCAUCCACCUUUCAAGCUACCAUGAAUGACUUGUUCCGCCCUCAUUUACGUCGUUUUAUUAUCGUCUUUUUUGAUGAUAUCUUUGUCUACAGCACCACCUUGGAGGACCACAUCUCUCACUUGGAAACCGCUUUCAAAUUGCUCCAUGCAAACAGUUUUUGUCUCAAGGGUUCCAAGUGUUUCAUAGGGCAGCAAUCGAUUCAAUAUUUGGGUCAUGUAGUCUCGUCACAGGGUGUCACACCAGAUCCGUCAAAGAUCCAAGAUAUCGUUGAUUGGCCGUUGCCAACCACUCUGAAGUCCCUGCGUGGUUUUCUUGGACUCACAGGGUUUUACCGCCGAUUUGUAAAGGGGUACGCCUCUAUUGCUUCUGCUUUAACUGAUUUACUUAAAAAGGAUAACUUCAUAUGGUCUGCUUCAGCUACUACGGCUUUUGAGAACCUUAAAACCGCUGUUACUACUGCCCCAGUAUUGGCUCUGCCACGGUUUGAUUUAGCUUUCACUGUUCAAACAGAUGCCUCCGGUUUUGGUAUGGGGGCCGUUUUAUCACAAGAAGGACACCCAAUUGCUUUUUUCAGUAAGCAAUUUUGCCCUAAAUUGCGACAUUCAUCAACGUACAUCAGGGAACUCUGUGCUAUCACAUCUGCCAUUCAGAAAUGGCGCCAAUACUUGCUCGGUCGCCACUUCAUCAUAUACACUGAUCAACAAGCCAUCAAGGAAUUGCUAUCUCAAACUGUCCUAACUCCUGACCAACAAUCCUAUGGCCACUCUACUAUCUUGGUUGUGGUGGAUCGAUUUUCUAAAGGUGCACAUUUUGGUAUGUUGCCUCACUCAUUCACCGCCACUAAGGUUGCUGAUCUCUUCACUAAUAUGGUUCUUGAAAAAAGAGGUGAUGUGGCCUACAAAUUGGACCUUCCUUCUACUUCUCGGAUACAUAAUGUGUUCCAUGUGAGCCUUCUUAAGCCUCACCAGGGUCCUCUUCCUUCCCCUCAACCACUAAAUCUUCCACCUGACAUUAAAGACAAUCAACCAAUACUCACUCCUACUACUAUUUUAGAUUGGAAGUUGUCCACCGACACCGCUACACCACAACAAUUGGUUUUAAUUAAAUGGCAGGGCCUUCCUUUGGAAGUGGCCACCUGGGAACCAUGGGCACAUAUUCAAGCCCAAUUUCACCUUGAGGACAAGGUGAAUCUCGAAGACGAAGGAGAUGUUAGGCCCACUUCUCCUAACAGGCCUAAUAUGGUUGAACAGCCAAAUCUAGAGAAUAUUCAAGAGGAAAUAGAAGAUGAUGCAAGACCCCAACGAAUUCGAAAGAAACCCAUUUACCUCAAUGAUUAUGUAACCAAAUGA